AAAAUAGGGGCGGUUACUUUAAUGUUUAAGGUCGACUGCCGGAAAAACUAAAAGAGCUUGAAGUUCUCUAUUCCAAAUGUCCAUGAACUUUGGAUAGUACAUUUGACAAUUAGUAAUGGCGGACAAAUGUUGAUCCUAUAGAAAGCAAUAGUCUGAGCAUGGAUAGUUCGACUUUAUACCAAAAGUUGUCAAGAUAUCUACCUUAUUCUAAAUGCAGAAAUGAAGGUUGCAAAUGUAGUACAUGGAAGCUCUCAGACAAUGCGAUAGAUGAAAAACUCGUUGAAGCUAUAUGUGAAAAUUGCUGUCAUGUUCAUUAUAGCUUGUCUGAUCCAAACGAGAGCACGUGGCUUAAUAGUGCAAUGCAAAUGGUCGACGAUGUGGAACGAAUGUAUAUUUUAUGUACCAAGGAAGAAGAUUAUGAAACAAGAAAUAUAUAUUUUUGUAUUUUAAAGCGCCUUCGCAAGGCGUUAAUGAAUAAAGUACAACCCGUAUUUGAUGACAAACCUCCUUUCGAGCGACCUGAUAUCAAUACAGCUGUACGAAAUGCGUUACUAUUCUGUGCUGUCGCCGAUCCUCAAAAUCCAGAAAUAACAAUUGAACUGUGUAAAUUAUUCCUAGCAUAUGUAAAUUCAUAUAAGAUCACAUGCCCAAGUCAAAGGAUUCAGAAGUAUGAAAAUAAAACAGGAUAUAAAUUAAUAUAUAUGAGGUGGAUAUGCCACUGUUAUGCGCCAAAGUUCUGUAAUGCCUUACCAUAUACUGAGGCUACAUGUGCAUUUGGAAAGAAUUUCUUGUUAGCCGUUUUGCCUGAAAUUAAAAGAAGACUAAUCGAAUUUUUCAAACAAGAUUCUAUAAUCCCAUCCAUGCUAGAUGGAAAGAUACAUUUAAUACAACCUUUAACACGACUGUGUAAUUUGCUGGAAGAUAAUGUUGACGACAAAACAACUUCCGUCUGGGAUCCGUAUUUCCAACCACCAUUUCGUCCCGACAAUGUAAUUACACCAAGUGGAUUAUUACAGUCGAUUUCUAUUGACCACGUGGUCAAUUUCUCUACACAUGAACGUAAUAUAAUCAUCAGUAGUUCAAGUGAACUGAAAAGUGAUUCAGUUGUUACACCGGCUCUCACUGAUCUAAAAGCUGAGAAACUGUUUAGUAAUCCAGAUUUGGUGAAUGGUGAUAGGGAUACGGUAGUUAAUACACCUAUUAAAUCUGAACCUGAUGAGUCAUUUACAAAACCUGCCAAAAUAACUGACCAUACAACGCACCGAAGAACAAGCGUACGUCUUCGAAGUCAAUUAUCAACUAAUACACAAUCGUCUGUGAGUGAUUCAGAAAAAUCGAACUGUAAAUCAGAAGAUAAAGCUGUGGUCACCGAUAGCAAUACUAAAAAGUCAUUGAAUGAUAAGUUAAAUAUUUCAGAUGUUAGUAGUACAGAAUUAGAACAAAUUCUACAAGAAAUGAAAAACAGUGAAAGCCCUUGUAAAGGAUUUUAUCCUUUUCAAACGCUUCAUUCAUUAAAUGCAACAAGAGAUGCUGCUGCACGUCAAGAAGAAUCAGCUGGGAAUAUUGAAUUUCAUAUAGUCAAUAAUAGUUUAAAUCCUAAUCAACCUCCACAAACAUAUAUUUGGCUUUUGGAAUUAUUAAAUGUAUUUGCUUUACAAUUACCUCGUAUGCCAAAGGAAUACAUUGCACGACUUAUUUUUGACCCAAAACACAAAAAUCUUAUUUUGUUAAAAGUUUCGGAUUCAUGUGAAAAACAUGCCAUCGGCGGGAUCUGCUUUCGUAUGUUUCCAUCUCAAGGAUUUACGGAAAUAGUAUUUUGUGCGGUAAUUUUUAAUGAACAAGUAAAAGGGUACGGAACACAAAUGAUGAAUCAUUUAAAAGAUUAUCAUUUACAGCAUAAAAUAUUUCAUUUUCUUACAUAUGCUGAUUCAUUUGCCACUGGUUAUUUUAGAAAGCAAGGAUUUUCACGUGAAAUACGCUUAGCUCGACAAGCUUAUUUAGGUUAUAUUAAAGAGUAUGAAGGUGCCACAUUAAUGGGUUGUGAAUUAUAUCCAAAUAUUAUUUAUACUAGAUUUUCUGAAUUAAUUGCAAAACAAAAACAGGUAUUUACCGUUGUUGUUACUGUUUGAUUCGAUUUUUUUCUUGAGUCUGUAUAAUUGUGUUAUAACUUGUGAUAUAUGUGCCCUGUUUAGUGUAUAACGUAACGAUAUCGCUAAUCAAAGAGCAGUGAAUUAUCGAUCGGACCAGUGACGCAUAAAACCCGUACGAGCAGUCUAGAGUCCUUAUUGGUCCUGCUUUCCACCUAGACCAGCCAGUUAAGUCCAGAACACCACUCUCAGCCUCUGCAAUAUGAAUAAUCUAUUUCAAGCAUACUGGGCUUAUAUAUCAACCAGACAGACCACACCGUACCAUAAAAUAUGAGACAUUUGUACAAGAGUUAGCCAAAUGUGGCUGUGAAUGAGGGAGGUAAUAAUUAAUAGACAGGGCAUCUUUCAAGAAUGGUAAAGCAUAUAGUAAUAGUUCAUAGGUCAAAAUAAAGCUCAUAAUAAGAUGGACAUGAAUAUGAACAGUUUAGUUACAUAACAAUUAUACAAUAAAAAUAUACUCAUAGUAUUGGUCCAUAAAUAGAUCCCAAAAGUUACCAUUCAUCAUUCUUAUCUGGAUAUAAUAAAUUGUAACUUGUUCUCCAAAUUGAAUGAAUGUGACAUAUUCCUAGCAAAUUUUGAAAUAGUGUAAAUCAAAUGUCGUUUGCUAUUAUUUGAAAGAAACUACUGAAUGGUUAACUCUAAACUUUCGAAAGUCAUAUAGCUGUAUUCAUUACCUAGGGUACACCUUAUAAAAGAUAAUAAUAAGACAUUUACUUAAUAUUUCAUUAUUAUCUGUAAAAAUACAUUUAGAAUUCAGAUAACAAUUUUGGCUCAUUAUUGAAUAUAUGUAUAUAAUAUUGUUGAAUUGUACUGGUUUAUUUGGAAAAAAAAGCAAACCAUCGAUCAUAUACCAUUAGUUUACCACCAUUGAUUGUGUAUAAUUCACUGGAUACAUAAAUCAAUUUACAUUUACGCUUUCAUAUAUUAACUAACACAGAGUAUUGAAUAUGUAUGAUUAGUGUUUUAAUUGUAUGAGUUAUUGUAAUUAUAUGUAAUGGAAAAGUCUUACAGUUUAUAAUUAUUCUGUUUGUAAGAGGUUGUUUAUUUUUUGCCUGUCAUUUCUGCGUGUUUAUUUCAAUACUUUUAAGGUUCUGUGUUCAGUUUAGCAAAGUGUUCUAUUUUGUGAUAUUCGAUGGUACUUCCAAAUUACAAGUGAUUGUGAUAUUCUAAUUUUGAGAAUAACAGUUUUUUUGUACGAUGUUAUUGUAAAAGUAUAAUAUUACAUUUUUGGAAGACAAUUUUUUGAGACGCUAACUAAUUGAUAUGAUUGUAGCAUUGAUUUGGUAGUUUCAUUUCAUGAUUCUUUCUUAAUUAUUUGAUAAAGAGUAUCAUAAGAAGAAAACUUACGUUUCGUGAUUUUAUAAUAAAGUCCUACCGUGCCUUUAAACAUUUUGUUUCGGGAAUAUUUCCUUGUGAACUUUAAAUCUGUAAAGCAUCAUUCGUGAUACGAGUUUGAUAAUUCCACUUGAAUGAUAAUAUCUUGUAAAUUAUUUGAUAUUUAUUUGAUAGGUUAUCACCCGGUUGAUAGAAAAACGUCGUGAGUCUGUUAAUCAAACCUACCCAGGAAUACCUGCCAAACUAUUUCGUAAUGGACCUUUAAGACCAGAUCAAAUCCCCGGUCUAACUGAGAUCGAUCUAACUUCAAAUAAAUUUACUGAUUUAUUUCACAAAACUCCUAAGACAGAAUUAUCCGAAACCAAUCAAACUUCCAUAAAUAAUCAUGUUUCAGUGAAGCGAAAAUCGUCAGAAACAUUUGGUAAAUGUGUUGAGAAAUUACACGAGCCUCCGAGAAAACUACGCAAACGUUUACUCGAUCCUUUGCCAAGUCCCAGUCUGUUGACUACAAAGCCACAGAUGAGAACAAGAAUCAGUUCAAGAUCAACGCGUUAUAAUAGCUCAAUAAAAAUAUCAGAUUCACUGGAACCUGUUUGGAUACAAGAAGCUAAACAGUUAGCAGAAAAAAUUCGUCCUAUCCUAAAUGCAUUACGUAGUCAUAUAUUGGCUGGUCCUUUUCAAAAACCUGUUACAGUAGAUGAAGCUCCAGAUUAUUAUGAUAUUAUUGUUUUUCCAAUAGAUUUAGGCACAAUGUGGGAACGUUUAAAAUCGAAUUAUUACGUUACGAAAUCCUUAUUUAUUGCUGAUAUGAUGCGAAUGUUUCAUAAUUGUCGUACUUAUAAUCAACAAGACUCUUAUCUUUAUAGAAGUGCUAAUACUUUAGAACGUUAUUUCAUCAAUAAAAUGAAAGAGGCGGACUUAUGGCCUUAAAUUAUAUUACAGAAUCAACAAAUUAUGUAACAGUUUAGUAAAUUUUGUUUGAAUAUUUCUCUUAUCUGUUUCCUGUUUUUCAGGGUAAUACUUCGUACAAGUUUUGUAUUUUAUAAAUUAUUGUAUAAUAGGUGUUAUUUUGUGUAAAUAACUUAUAGUCUUACUAAACUUCGUAAAGUUGAUAAUAUUGCUCAAGUACUAUCAAUAAACAUCUGUACUGAAAA